AUGAACCAGCAUGUGUACCUGCCGUUCUCUGUCCAUGGACUUCCAUUUAGCGGAACGGGAGCAAGCAGCUUCACCUGCUUUUCCUCUUGGAGAACACAAUCAGAGAUAGAAAAGCGGAAAAGCACAUCCUCGAUACGGCUCUGCCAGUGGUGUACGCCGAGAUUUGCUCGAGCUUUGGCUCAUGGCAUCACACUGUGUCUCGUGCGAGCCACGCAGCUCCGAGUGCGCCAAAGAGCCGAUCGAACACAGUGGACACCGCCCAAACGCAGAUCCCUUAGUGGAACGAAACUUGGCCAAAGCAAAGCAGUGAAGCAAAGCAAAGACACCAAAGAGGACACAAAGAGUAAGAGCUCGAUUGGUCUUGAGAGCUCGGAGCAAGUUGAGUUGCCAUGUUUCUCCAUGCGAGACCCUUAUGCUUCGCUGUUGUUGCAUGGAGUGAAGACAGUGGAGACGCGGAACUGGCCAAUGCUCAAAGAUACUUCUGGCCCUUGUCUUUUGCACAUCGGCUACAAGACCAUGGAUGAGAGCGCGGCCUGGGAGUUCCUUUGGCGAAACGACCUUGCUGACUCGAAGGAUUUGGAGCGCCUCCUGUCGCCUCCACCGGGCUUGCAGCGCGGCCAGGUUCUUGGCCUGCUUGACUUGGAGAAGACCUAUCAGUACUCGGAGGAAGAGAUGAGGCUACCUGACGUGCAGAAGUCUGUAGUUUCGGAGGUGGUGGGGAAAUGGGCCACGCCCAUUCGCAGAGCAUGGUGGUUGAAAUCACCUUUGAGAGCUCAAGGUCGACCAGGGAUUUGGAAACUUCGUUUACCCAGAGCUGCAGUUCCAGAGGAUGCUUUACGCGUGCUGGGCUGGAGAGCCUCGCAGAGAGACGACUCGGAGCAGCAAUUGGCAGAGAGCAGUGAAGACAUUCAAGACUUGCCACGGUUGAUGGUUUUUGACCUUGACGGAGUUUGUUGGAGUCCAGAAAUGUAUCAGACAAUAGGAGGGCCUCCAUAUCGCAGAAUCUCCGAUGGUGUUGUGAGAAACUCUGCUGGAGAGGAGAUACGACUCUUCCCAGCUGUGCAGCGUGUUUGGUCAUUGCUUUAUUCCCUCCGCUCGCUUGGAGUUCGAGUUGCCGUGGCAAGUAGCUCACGAAGGCACAAAGCUUUGCCUUUGCUCGAGACCAUGGAAGUAUCCAGUGGCAUCUCAAUGAUGGAUGUUGUGGAUCGGAGGCUUUUUGAAAUGUACUAUCGGCGGGGUGAGUACAAAAGGCCACACCUGGAGGCCUUGCUGUCCAAAUCGGGCGUUGCGCCGACUGAAGUCUUGUUUGUGGAUGAUUCAGCCAAGAACAUCGAGUCUGUGAGGUCCCUGGGAAUCGCUGCAGUCCAUUUGCCGGACGGGCUUUCAGAAGAAUCAUGGAGCCGGUCCUUGGACUUGUACAAAUCUAUUCAAGGGCAGCAUGCCUGA